AUGGACGCUUCAUUUGGACCUAACCAAUUAGGAACUAAUGAAGCGCUUAUUAAUAAUUCUAUCCGUUCUCAAACUUCCUUUUCUUUUUCCAAUUCCAUAAAUGAGGCAAACAAACAUAAUCAGUCUAUAAAACAUAUAUUAAAAUCUGAAAAUAUUUACAAAGAACAUGAUCUUGUAUCUACUCAAUAUAUAAAACAUAAUAAUGAAACAAAUCUUAACGAGUGCACUAUACAAAAUUCUAUAAUUACCCAAGAAAAAAUUAUUACAACACCCACAAGUCCAGCAAUUACAUCCACUCUUCAAUCCAUCAAUCCUGAUGUAUCUAUAAAAGAUAAGCAUUUAAAUACAAACAGUAACGAUUGUCACCCUCUGCAAAAUCACAUGGAUAUUAAUAGAGAUGAAAAGGUACCUUUUUCGUGUGUUUCGGAAUUGACUCAAGGAAAUGACUCGAGUGAUACAAAAAAUAAAUGGAAUAUGGGGGAGUUACAUAUUACUUGUAAUCCACUUUCAACACCGUAUCCGUAUUCCACGCCACACCAUAACAUUAUGAGCGAAACUGUAACAGAACCGCUAGAUGAUGAACCAAAAGGUCGAAGCUGCGGAAAUUUUUUACCAAUCUUAUCGUUGAUUCCACAAACAGUCAUCAGCUUUCAAUAUUUAAGCCCGAAAAUGAAAUUUUCGUGGUGGAGAAAUAAGAUCUCGUGAAG